UUAAGUCAACAUUUUAAUUGUUAAAAACAAUUUUUGAAGCUAACAAUUUAGUGAUAUUUAUUUUUAUAAUGUUGUGUUGACGUUUCCUAGUCGAAAAGCGAAAGUGCUGCCACUUAAUUUUUGUUUACUUGUCAAUUUCUUUAAAAAGCUAAAUUAAUUAAUAUUAGUAUUAAUAUAAUAAAUCUUAAAAAAAUCGUUUCAAAAUGGCUUUGGCUAUGCAAAGAAAAGCAAACGUGCGUUUACCACCCGAAAUCAAUCGAAUUCUUUACAUUCGCAACUUACCCUAUAAAAUAACAGCUGAAGAAAUGUAUGAUAUCUUUGGAAAAUACGGCGCGAUUCGACAAAUUCGAGUUGGGAAUACCCCUGAUACAAGAGGCACUGCAUUUGUUGUUUACGAGGAUAUUUUCGAUGCUAAAAACGCGUGCGAUCACUUAUCUGGUUUUAACGUUUGUAAUAGAUACCUGGUUGUAUUGUAUUAUCAAGCCAGUAAAGCCUUUAAGAAAACUGAUUUAGAAAAGAAAGCUGAAGAAAUUGAUAAAAUGAAAUCAAAGUAUGGUAUUAACACCGAUGAAAUGAAACGGAAAUAAGUUUAUUAAAUUAAAAUUAAACUAAAAUUAAGUUAAAAUUAAAUUUA